AUGAAUAGAAUUGUUCUGAAUCGUUGUCGGUGCUUAAAAAAUACAACUUUACUAUGGGAGAACAGAAAGUAUCAAAACUUUCCAUAUAUUACUCUUUCAAGGUCAUUAUCCUAUUACACAACUCAACCCAUUGGAUUGCAGCAUGAUAUAAGUCAGAAACCUUUCAAUAGAAAAGUAUUCUAUCCUGCUUAUGUAAGAACAAUAUCAACAAGUAAGAAUAACUAUGAGAAAGAGCCCUUGAAGCCAUCAUCUAAAGUUGAGGCGACUGUAGAAUCGAUCAAAAAGGAAAUUGAAGAAAAAGAAAAAUUACCAAAAAAGGAGGAAAAGAAAAAAAGUAUAAAAGAGAGAAUUAUGGAUGAGCUGCGACAUUAUUAUCAUGGUUUUAGGCUACUUUUUAUAGAAGUAAGAAUUUCUACCUCUUUAUUAUUCCAAAUCUUAAAAGGUCAUACACUAACUCGAAGAGAGCACAGAUUACUGGUCACAACAAUUGGUGACUUGUUUAGAAUGGUGCCAUUUAUUGUAUUUAUAGCUGUACCAUUCUUGGAGUUUGCAUUACCUCUUUUCGUAAAAUUGUUUCCAAAUAUGUUGCCAUCCACAUUUGAAAGCAGAAGUCAAACGGAAGCAAAGUUAAAACAGCAUUUAAAAGUUAAAUUGGAAAUGGCAAAGUUUUUCCAAGAAACAUUGGACCAAAUGGCACCACAAGCUAGUGAUAGACAUUCUCAACUUGCCAAAGAAUUUUCAUCUUUCUUUAACAAAGUCCGAACUUCUGGUGAUGUAGCAACAAGUGACGAAAUUAUGAAAUUCUCUAAACUGUUUGAAGAUGAUAUUACAUUAGACUCUCUACAAAGACCACAUUUAGUUGCAUUGUGUAAAGUGUUGAAUGUGUCUACAAUUGGUACCGGUGCAAUAUUGAGGUUUAAUUUGAAAAUGAAAUUGAGAUCACUAGCUGCAGACGAUAAGAUGAUCGCAAAGGAAGGUGUUGAUAGUUUGAACUUCAGUGAGUUACAGCAGGCUUGUCGCGCAAGAGGUAUGAGGGCAUAUGGUGUGUCUGAGGAGAGGUUAAGGAAGGAAUUGAGGAAUUGGUUAGAUUUGUCAUUAAAUGAGAAGGUGCCUCCGUCUUUGUUACUGUUAUCGAGAGCUUUGAUGGUGCCAGAACAUGUGCCUACAACAUACAAGUUGAAAGCAACUAUUUCUGCGUUACCUGAGCAAGUUGCUACACAGACUAAGGCUGCCAUUGGAGAGAAAGAGGGCAAACUCGAUUUUAAGGUCAAAGCUGAUGCGAUUAAAUUAGAAGAAUUGAGGAUUAAAGAAGAGAAGAAGGAAAUGCAAGAAGCAGAAAUGGAGAAGCAGAUGCUUGAUGCGAAGAAGAGGGAAAAGGAAGAGUUGAAGGAUAAAGCACCAAUAUUGGAUGAAGAAUCUACACCCAUCAUGGUGGACCCUGCACCAAUAUUAGCAGUCGAUCCUCCCAAACCAAAGACUGACGAAGGACUGUCGGGCAAAGAUAUUGAUGUGAUCGAGGAUGCUUUAGAAAAAUUAGCUGAGCAAAAGAAAUCACUACUCUUGGAGAAGGAAAGUAUUCAAGAAAUAAAAGCAGAGCUGUUGGACUAUAGCGAGGAUGUGAAGGAGAUGGAUGAGAUCGUGAAGACGAAACAGGCAGACAUCAAACUAACUAAGGGUGCUAGAAGACUGUACCGCGCAGUGAACAACAUGAUAAGUAAACUCGACUCCGUUCUAGUAGAACUCGAAAGUAAGGAGAAAGCUCUCAAGACCACUCUCGAACAAACAAAAACCGAACCCGAAAAGGCGAAGGAACAUUUGAUCCAAAUCGAUGAACUGAUGCAUUCCAUUAAGAGUCUACAGAAAGUUCCAGAUGAGGCGAAGUUGAAGCUCAUACAAGAUGUGCUCGGCCGAUUGGAUGACGACUUUGACGGACAGUUGAAAAUUGAUGAUGUUUUGAAGAUGCUUGAAAUCGUAGGCAAUGAGAACGUGAACCUCUCAGAGAAGCAAAUGGCAGAACUCAUCGACCUACUGGACAAAGAAGAGAUACUAGAGGUGGAAAGCAAAAUACAGAAGGCUUUGGAUAAAGCGGCCAAGGAACAGGAUAAAACUGGUGAACCCGAUGGAAAGAGUUUAUACGAUCUCAUCAGAGAAGCACAGAAGCGUAGAGAGAUGAAGAAGGCGGUGGAGAAGUUUGCAGAACAAAGAAAUAUGCCCAAAAGUGAAGAUAUCGUCACUAAAUCAGAAGAUUCAAGUACUAAACGACCAGAAAGCCAU